AUGAUCAAGAUGAUGAAUAACCUAUUGGGUCAGAAGCCAAAGAGAGCAUCAGCUCCAGCAGGCUCAACCACACCUGCCUCAAACACUACCGCGGCACCAUCUCCCAUAAAUGAACAAUCUCAAACUCUGCCACUGCCACAUCCACAGACAGAGCAACAUCCACAAACAGAUCCACUGCCACUGCCACAAACAGAUCCACAAACACAGACACAUCCACUUCCCCAAACACACAAUGUACCAAUACAACCACAACAACAACAUCAUCAUCAACAAUCUCGAUCAGCACCAUGUUCACCAUCAAGACCCGCACUAACGGUAACAAGUUUGAAUGAUGACAUUGAGAAGAAGAAACAAUCAAAGUAUAAUCAUGAGUUGGAAGUCGUUGUGUUGAGAUGGGUCGCAGAGGUACUCAAUGUGCCACUGUCCGAAGAGGUCUCAUUUUACGAACACUUCAAGAGCGGCGUGCUGCUCUGUCGCCUGAUAAACACAAUCAAGCCGGGCGUCGUCAAGAAGAUCAACGAGUCUGCCGUCUCAUUCAAACAGUUGGAGAACAUUGACAACUACCUCAAAGCAUGCAUGGCGAUCGGCCUGCAGGACGUGCACAGGUUCAACUCCAUCGACCUCUACGAGAACAAGGACAUCUCACUCGUCAUCAACAAUGUGCAGGUGCUGGGGAAGUUUGCUGCUCGCGUCGAUGGCUAUACUGGCCCACAUCUCGCCGGUGAGCGCAAGAAUGUCAAGAUCACAACGGCUCCGCCACCACCCCUGUUUGCUAAUGGCAGUCAGGGCAAUGGCCAUGGCGUUGGCGUUGGAUAUGGCGGCGGCGGUCCAAACCGUGGAGGCGCAUCCAAGAAGAAGUGGAGGAAGACUAUCCGACCACCUUCAGUCGCGCCUCUCAACCUAGACAUCAACACAAAGGAGGCAUUCAAGUACUCGCCUGAACUAGAAAAGAACGCGCAACUCUGGAUCGAGGAACUAGUCGGCGAGAAGUUCCCCUUCCCCUCCUUCCGCACGUCCCUCAAGGACGGUGUACUACUAUGCAAAGCCAUCAACAAACUCAAACCAGGCACUGUAACAUACAUCAACACUGGCAUGUCGAGCUUCAAGCAAAUGGAGAACAUUGCCAACUAUUUGAAUGGAUGUCGCUCGCUCGGACUCAAGCCCUCCGACCUGUUCAACACAUCCGACCUCUACGAAGAGAAGAACAUCAACUUGGUGAUAUCCAACAUCCAUGUGCUGGCCAACCACGCCACCAAGAUGUUUGGCAGCGCCGUCCCCUCGAUCAAGUCCAUCAGCCAGAGCAACUUCACAGCGCAAAACAAGCUCUACGCAUCACUGGUGCACUCUCGCUUCGGCUCGGCGAUGGCCAAGGAGGCACCACCCGAGGACGUGCCCGAGUUGCUGGCGUGGAUGAAUGGACAUCUCAAGGCACGUGGUCUAGAGUGCAAGGACAUCUCCUGGGAUCUAAAGAGCGGAGUACUUUUACUCGCACUACUCGAAGAGAUCACAUCACUGCGAGUUGGCAUCUAUUGCAAGGACCCUGUACUACCAUGGCACUUCAUGCAGAACAUCUUCCUUCUUCUGAACUUUAUGCGAGAGAACUCAAACUUCAAUGUUGGCACAAUAUCAGCACAUGAUAUAUUCAAUGGCAAUGUUGGAUCAUUGUGUAAUCUUGUGAGACUGAUCAGGGAGAACUUUGAUCGUGCACAUUUCUUCAAGAGUGUGCCAGUGGACAUUAGACGCCAGAGAGUGAUCGAGGAGAUCGUCUCGACUGAGCAAUCCUACGUCAAGUCGCUCUCAGUGGUCUUCCACACACUGAUUGUACAGUUACAAUUGAUGAGUGAGUCUGACACCAAUCAGCAUGCACUUCUCUCACCAGACGACGUCUUCUCAGUCUUUGGCAACUGGGAAAACAUUCUUCGAUCACACAUACUCCUACAGCGCGAGUUUGAAGACAGGCUAUCCAAGUGGAAUGAUGAAUCAACAUUUGGAGAUAUUAUAUUACAAAAGUGUGGAUUCUUGAAGGACACUUACAAGGACUACAUCAACAACUUUGACAACAGUUAUCAGAGGAUCAAGAGACUGAGAAAGGCUAAUAGAUUCUUUGAUGAGUCCGUCAACAACUUUGAGGUGAUACAGGACUCUACAAACGGAUUAGACCUGGCAUCAUACCUUAUCAUGCCAAUUCAAAGAAUACCAAGAUAUCUAUUGCUACUCAAGGAGGCACUCAAGUAUACAUCAUCCACACAUCCAGAUCACAACAUGCUUCUCAAGGCCAAGGACAUGAUACGCCAAGUGGCCGACCAAGUCAAUGAGAGCAAGAUGAUGUUUGACAACACCAGGAAGAUAACCUCAAUCCAAGACUCAAUAUUUGACAUUCAAAUCAACUUGAGUGACAGUCCCAACAACAACAGGAGAUACAUUAGAGAGGGCUUCUUGGAGAUUGAUGAGUCAUUCAACAAGAACUCAUACUUCUUCCUCUUUAACGACCUACUACUCUAUGUCAAGUAUAAGCCAAAUGAAGACACUGGAAAGGAGUUCAAGUUCAAAGAGGCAUUUCCAAUGUCAGACAUGGUUGAUAUCUGCGAUAUAUUAUCAGAUGAUGAGGAGGAGCAGGAGAAGCCACAACCAGGUGCAAGAAGAGGUGGAUUGUCAAAGAAGAAGAAGCCAUCGUUUGAACUCGAGACAAAGGAGUUCUCACUGGUGUUGAUCGCAGAGUCGGAGCAGGACAAGCGCGCAUGGAUGGAUGACAUCAGGUCAUGUCUGCAGAAUCAACUGAUCGAGGAUGACGACCAGCUCAGCGACCUCUCUCUCGACUCGACAGAUGACAAUGAGCAACAAGCUGACGAGGCCGAGGCUGAGGCUGAGAAAGAGGCCGAGCGUGAGGCAGCAGCAGAUGAACUUGUGGAGAAGGUAUCUGAGAAGGAAGUGGCAGAGACAAAGCAAGAUGGAUGCCAUGACAUUAGCGAUAACAGCCAUCAGAGACUGAGCAAGAACUGGUCGAUCACUGAUCAUUCAUAA